GGAAAAUGCUUUAAACAGCGAGAGGCACAGCAGUCCCUGGCAUUCAGACACGUUUUGGAUGAACAUCCGGCAACUUGGAUCGCAGAAUGACGUACGGGUACGUCAAACCUCUCGCUUCCAAUUGCAUGCGCAAGCAACACUAUGGAGCACCACUCAUUUCAGUUGCGCUUCACAAACUCACGAUAUGAUCUAUCGAACAGCUGUUUGCGGUGGGAGGCGGAAGAAAUCCGGAAGGUCCGGUCAGCUCAGCACAGCCUUCAUUCCUUCUCGUACAUGAAUACGUAACCUCCAACAACUCUCUUGACCGACGCCGGGGCUCGACGAUAUAAUGGUAGACAUUACCAGUGAUCGUGCCGUCGGUACACGGUCAAUUGACCAAAGUCGUGUGGAUUUCGCCUCUGUCCAAGUGCCAGGUUCGCUGCCAGCAAAUUUACAGGAGUUGUCGGACGACAUGGACGACAUGGAGCCUAUUACUAUUUCCAACAUCACUAACGAAGAUGCACACUCGCUCAUAGAGCCCUCUCUCAGUCUUGUUGCCAGCCGGCUCAAAUCACCGCAAACGCCAGCGUUGGAGAAAGCCGCAGUGAUGGAGGAGUUAGAAGGCGGCGGCUUGUUUGACAGCGAAUUGGAGUCCCCUCCAGUGGAGGCUGAGAGCCAUUCGGAGGGUGAUCUGGGACUAGAACUACCCGUGGAUCUCCCAGCGCCUGCUAGGGCAACGAACGAGGCUCAUGCAUCGAAUCAAAGUGGAGGGUUGUCUUUAGAAGAGCUCCCUUCACCAAAAUUGGAAUCUCCCGGAAUGCCCACACCUUGGCAUGCCGGAGCCAAAACUAUGGUUCUACAGCGAGGAGAUGUCCUUCAGCAAUCGCCACUGCAUGGAGUUUUUGAUACUUCCAGAACGAGGUCUCUCUCUGGCGGUGCUGAGGCCCUGAAAAAACUCUUGCCAAAAGGGUUGCCAUCAAUGGCUCAGGUUGGAAAUCUAUUUGGGUCCUCAAGUGGAAGCCAAAAAUCCAGGCAUAGAGGAUCAUCAAGCUUUUCUAAGGAUUUUUCUGGGCCUUCCUCUGCUCCCCGCUCGCCGAAUCCUACAACAUCUCGGUUUCCCAAUACGGGUUCUCUUCCCAAUGCACGAGCCUUUGAAUCGAUAAUAACAACGCACCCUCAGGUACUAGCACGUCAAGGAACGUCAGGAGGACCGCCGAGGCCAAAGGCUAUUCGCAGAUCGACAUCCGAUAAUUCUUUACUUUACCAUUCACUGUCAAGGGCUUCAUCUCUUGGUGAUGAUACCCGGUUCGAGAAACACACCGAACAGGUGAACUCACGCGUAAAGGCAAUCCGAGAUUCUUUACAGGACAGGUCUAGCUUUAGAAUGCCAACAAUGCCCAGCAUGCCAAGUAUGCCCCGCGUGCCCAGUUUUAGCUUCAGCAUGAGCUUUUUGACUACCGCCAAUGUACCAUGGAGGACAGAUACUGAUGUGACCUCAGAAAUUCUACCGACAGCCAUUCAUAAGAGGACUCCAGAUACUGUUACGAAACCCGCCAUAGACCUUGGAAUGAUUGGGGCUGCUAUAUCAAAACCAGAAGCGGCGAUCGGCAGUGCUCUUCCAAUGAUGGAAGGAUCAGCAUCAACUGCCUUUGAUCGAGCUCUGGAAUCGUUGACUGGGGACGUGGUGAUCAUGGGCGGUUAUCGAGGGUCAAUUCUCCGCUCUACGAAGACUAAUCGACAAGUUUGGGUGCCAGUGAAGGUGGGCCUCAAUAUUCGCAAGGUGGAUUUAGAAGUUGGGCUUAAUCCCGAGGACGAGGAACGAAUGCCGGAAACGAUCUAUCCUUCUGGAAUGUUGCAAAAUAUCGGGCCUGUCGAUAUCAGUAGAAGAUUGUUCAAACGACUAUCCGAAUGCGAGAAUGCUAGGAGUGGAAAACUGCGUGUUUAUGAUUACGGAUACGAUUGGAGACUGAGUCCACACCUUCUUAGCCGGCAGCUCACCGAAUUUUUGGAUAAACUUCCAUCCAACUCGACCAAGGGUGGAUUCGGAUCCGGUGCUCUGGUAAUUGCUCACAGCUUAGGCGGCCUAAUCACUCGGCAUGUUGUGAACAAGCGGCCUGAGCUAUUUUCUGGUGUUGUGUAUGCAGGCGUGCCUAAAUCCUGUGUGAACAUUUUGGGCCCACUGAGAAAUGGAGAUGCUGUUCUGCUCAGUUCUCGUGUGUUGACUGCGCAAGUCAAUUUCACUCUUCGGACCAGUUUCGUCUUGCUCCCAGAAGAUGGGGGUUGCUUCUUUGAUAUCAACACCAGACAGAAGUACCCAGUAGAUUUCUUUAGCAUUGACGAUUGGAUCAAGUAUCGAUGGUCGCCUUGCACAGAUCCGCCACUGCCACCUCGCAACCCUCAAUCUGGUGGUCUUGGAGGGCUACUCAAUAAGUCUUCGAGCUUACUGAAUCUUCCACUGGCCGGGAAGAAGUCAAUAUCGGGCACAUCUCCUCCUCAAGCAUCAGCAAACACUUAUGAUGAUGAGAACAAGAAUCAUUCACAAUCACCACUUACAAUGACGACUCGAGCGGCUGAUAUUGUUCGAGGGUCGGAUGGUGGUACGGAUAGAACAUUGGCACCCCAAAUGGGAAGCAACACAAAUCCCGUUGGCAAAGGGCAUAGCACGAACCAAUCCGUCUCAACUGCCGUUACACUUCCUCGAGAGAAGGCAAUUGCCUAUCUCCGCCGCACUCUGGCAGAGGCAAAGAAGUUUAAACAAGAACUGCAUUUCAAGCCCGAGCUUUCAGAAUCAAAUCAAUAUCCACCUGUCGCUGUAAUCUACGGGAAAUCCAUUCCAACGGUGUAUGGAGCGAAAGUUGAUGGUCGAGAAGGGAUCCCCUGCUCGGAUGUGUACGACAACCUUGCUUUUGCAAGCGGCGAUGGAGUGUGUCUGGCGAGAGAGGCGAUGUUGCCUGAUGGGUAUAAAGCUGUCAAUGGAGGGCGGAUCUCGAGCGAUCGGGGACAUGUAACAUUAUUGGGGGAUCUAAAUGCGGUUGGACGGGCGUUAGAAGCGGUGAUUAAGGGAAGGGUGAAAGGCAUUGGGAAGGGAGUUUUGCAUGCGAGCGAUGUGUAGAUGAUUUUGUAUGUAUUGUAUGAAGCAUAUCUUUAAAAAUUAGAUACCUCGCGGUUAAUGAAUCAAUGAGAUAUGAGAUCUAGAAG